AUGUCUUCCUCGCCCUUCAUCUCCUCGCUCGCCACGCUGGGCCUCGGCUACUCCAUCGCCAUCGCGCUCGGCUUCCUCGUCCUGCUCGCAUCCGUCCUCCUCGCCUCCUACUUCUGCUUCCGACACGGCGACGCCGGCCACUUCACCGGCGCCAUCACGCCCACGUCCAGCUCCAGCUCCAGCCACCUCUCCAUCACCGUCCCGCGCGUGCUCUUCGUCGCCGAGGGGUCCGAGUCCCCCGAGGCCUACUCCUCGGCGGCCGCGGCCGCCUCGUCGCCCGUCGGCCUCGACGCCGCCGCCAUCGCGUCGUACCCCAAGGCCCCCUUCUCCAGGGCCGCGGCCGGCGGCGACGCCAUGUGCUCCAUCUGCCUCUGCGAGUACGUGGACGGCGAGAUGCUGCGCUUGAUGCCCGAGUGCAGGCACCGGUUCCACGUCGUGUGCCUCGACGCCUGGCUGCGCAGGAGCGCCUCCUGCCCCGUGUGCAGAUCGUCGCCCAUCCCCACGCCGGUCGCCACGCCGCUCGCCACGCCCCUCUCGGAGCUCGUCCCGCUCUCGCAGUACGCCGCUGACCGGAGGCGUAGGUGA